AUAUCGCUGCACAGCUUGUGCAAACUGGCUAUCCAUUCUCAAGACACAUUCACUCCCAGCCAGCAGGAGCCAGGAGCUACUAAGGGAGGUGCACGUCUUGGUCCUCUCAUCAAUUGCCCGCCGCCUUUUAUGUGGUCAACACACACGAUGGGCGGAAAUUCAAGAAACUCUACCGAUUGCUCUACCGUUGAAAUGGCGUUCUUCACCAAGCAGAAGGGAGGGUUGGUAUCCCGUAUCAACACUCUCCUUGUGGUAAACACCAUCUUGAUGGCAGUCAUUGCUGUGAUGGGUGCCUACCGGCAUCGCUAUCGCCACCAUCCUUUGAUCCGCUUCAUCUACCUAGCAGCAACCACCUUGUUCCUACCCAUUGUCUCCUAUGUCGUCUCCGCCAUCGAGAAUCCAUACAACGUCACCAAUUAUGUACUAAAGUACACAGUCAUAACAGCAAAAUGUGAAGCACGCCUACAUGUCUUCUCAGUUAUGUUGUGGAUUGGUUUGGUCCAGAUUGUUGGUACCAAUGCCAUUGCAACAGUUGCCGGCGAUUAUAGAGAAGGCCGAAGCAUUGUUCCCCCUGCAGUGCAGCUUGUUCAAGCAAUAUGGACUUCCUACCUUGCCUACACCGCCAUAGAAUCAAAUCUACAUCCACCUGAAUAUUUUGGACGGUUUCCAGGUCCUGUUACUGAUCCAAAAAAGGGAAUUCUCGGGCUUGUUUAUAAGCUUCCACCGUAUGUUCUUAUGUUACUACCGUAUGUUCUUAUCUUGGCAAAAAUGCUCUUGAAGUAUUAUGCUUGGUACAUGGCCAGGAGAUCAUUAGCGCUUGGAAGCAAUCCUCGUCUCAUUGUUGGAUACAUGGAGCAACUACAAGAUGGAGUGCUCAAUUGUGCCGAACUAGUAAGUGAGCAUGUACCUCCCCCGCUUAUACUUAUGAAAGAGGAUACUUUGCUGGUAGAGAAACAACCUCAUGGUUAUAGCUUGACAAGGAUGAACAAUAAUGGCUUAGUGACCCUAGACAGAGUUUGGCAGUUGAAUGUCACAUUGAAAUCGGGGCCAACAACGCAGCACAAAGACCUAUGCCUUUCAUUUGCAAUGUUCAAGCUAUUGCGGUGUCGUUUUGCGAGGUAUAAAGUCAGUGAGGCUAUCUUUGCAAAAGCCAAUAACUUUAUAUGCCAUGUCUUGCUCGAGGAUAGUGAUGAUGAAAGGGUAUUUGGGGUGAUUGCACAUGAGCUUUCAUUUCUUAAUGAUUAUUAUUAUACAUCACUCCCGGUCUCAUAUUCAAAGAGUUGGCUACCCAUAGUGAGCACAUGCAUUUCACUCUUAAGUAUCGGCUACUGCUUGCUUGUCACCAACAAUUUCAUAAUGGAGUCCCAGAGUAGUGAAAGUGAGCAGAUUACAUGUAGUGAGUUCCAUUGCGAUCCUCCAUAUAUGCCUCAGGGUGGAUCAUCUUUGCAAUUCGGAGCAUUGCUCUUUGAUCAAAUGUCACUAAGUCUACUUGUUGCACUAGUUGUGCUUGUUGAAGCGAGGGAGAUCAUGUCUUACAUUUGCUCCAAUUGGACUAAAGUAGCCCUGACAUGCCACUACGUAAGUCAUACGUCUUGGCAACAAUCUCCAGUGAUCCGUAAGUGUGUUGGCCUCCUGCUACGCACCAGAUGCAAGUUUAUGGUACAUUGGGAGGACAAGAUGAACCAAUCCUCAAUCCUGGUGCUCCGCCCAAGGAGAAACCUAGUGGCUCUACUUCGACAUCUCCUUCAUCUGCCAGACCAGAAGAAGAAGGUGCCAAGGCCUGUGAAAGCAGCCGUCGUCGAUGCGGUGAGAAGGUACAAAAGAACCGGGCGCCAAACCAAUGGGGCAACACAUAUGCAACUCCAUGUCAACAACCUCCUUUGGACAUCCCAAGGCACCAAGGGCACAGCUGAUGUCAUUCUCGUGUGUCACGUCGCCACAAGUAUCCUUGAAGUGAGAUCACGACGGCAAAACAAACCUCUCUCCAACCAUGAGAUUGCCGCCACUCAUAUAUCGCAGUAUUGCGCCUACUUGGAUGCCUACUGUCCCGAGCUACUCCCCGACGACGCCGCGUGGUGCAGGAGCCUGUACAAGGCCGUCAAGAAGGAUGCUGCGCGCGUCCUCCGGAGCGAUCGGGUGUCGCCGGCAACGCCCGAAGCAGAGGAUCAGCAGCUGGUCAAGCUGUUGAGCGAGCAGUCGAAGCACCAUGUGCUCAAGGAUGGCGCCGAGCUCGGGCGGCUGCUGACGGAGCUGCCGGAAGGAGAAGAGGUGGCAUGGAAGGCUCUCGCGGAAUUCUGGUCGGACACACUCGUCUCCGUCGCCGCUGCUUGCGACAACAUCGACGACCACGCCGAGGCCGUCGCCCGGGGCGGGGAGCUGGUGACGCUCCUCUGGGCGCUGCUCGCCCAUGUCGGGAGCGUCGACGACGACACCGCCGAUGCCGCUGCAACUCAUGGUGCUCCCGAUGCUGUUUAAGCGUGUUAUGUUAUGCAGUAGUAUUUGCUCUUCAUUUCAUUUGGUUGGUACCUUGCAAGCUGUUGCGUGUAAAUGUAAUGCUCUUUCUAGUGUUCUUAAAGAGUGCGUCAAUUGUUGCUAUUGUGACUGUCAUCUCACCAGGAUGAGCAGUAUUCAAAGUCUCAUUGG